AAGUUGGAUGUUUUUGAGUGGUUGUUAAUUUGGAAAUUUUCACUGUUUGAAAGCAGACGAAAUUUUUUCUUCAUAAUUUGUGCUUAAUAUUUUGGGUGAUUUCGUGAAUUAUCGGUGACGUCUAGGUUCGAAAGCAGUUCAACUUCCAAUGAUUGCAGCAAGAAUUGCGUGCAGUAUCGUUCCCUACAAAUGUAUCGACGUGAACCGAACGCUUCAGCCGUUCUUCGUCUGACCUAGCGGUCGAUUUUCCACUUGGCUGGCGGAAGAGCAGAAACUAGCAGAAACGUUUGGACAUGCCAACGUUCUCGACGCUGAUUGGACCGCUGCUACUGGCGGGUACCAUCCUUCUGGGAAAUUCUACCCCGGUGUCUAGCGAAACAAUCGACGCUGACCACCAGCCGCCAAGUCCUCCCGUGGAAAAGUUGCCUUUCUGCAAUGAUGAUGUCGAAGGGGGACGUGAUAUCAGUGAUAGAUUGUUGUACAUCACCACACUGGAUGGACGCCUGUCGGCACUGGAUCUGACCAAAGGCGGAGCACUGCAGUGGAGCGUAGAAACCGGCCCGGGACCAUUGUUGUCCUCCAGUAUUCACCGGUUAGAGCUGACCAACAACGGCAAAUGGGUACGCAUGAUUCCGUCGCUCAGUGGUGGACUGUACAAAUUCGACGGAGAAACGAUGGAAUCGAUUCCGUUCAGUGCCGAAGAUUUGUUGAAAUCCUCUUUCAAAUUCUCUGAUGAUUUGGUAAUUUCGGGUGGCAAGGAAACGCGGUCCUACGGAAUAUCAUCCCGGACCGGGAAGAUAAUAUACGAGUGUAACAUGAACGGUUGUCGGAAUGGAACGGAUUUACUGCACGAUGGUUCGCAACAGGAUUCAGCAACGGACGAAAUUGAUCCGGUACUAAAGCAUGAUCCCAUGCAGGAUGAUGUUCUGGUAGUUCGUCGACAAACUCAAACGGUCCGCGCAGUCGAGUCCCGUACUGGCAGUGAGCGAUGGAAUUUCAGCAUCGGCCAUCACGAAUUGGAGAUUUUGAAGAAUGGCGACUGUCGGGGUGGAUCACCGGAUUCGCUGGAUCCCGCAAUUUUAGAUUUACAAUUGAAAGUGGUGAUCCCCGAUGGCACCGUGUGUGCUGUUAGUAAAUCGGCUCCCACUAAAAUAUUGUGGAAGCAUACUUUUAAUCAACCGAUCGUCAGCGCAUGGAGGGCUAAGGAUAAAAAUGACAUCAUGAGUGUGGAUUUGUUCGGGGGAGCAGAUUGGAUUUGGAAUAUGGAAAAAGAUUCGGCAAGGGUAGAACCGCGGGAAAAUAACAUGAUUAAUCCUUCGCUUUAUUUGGGCAUGCAUCAGAAGCAGCUGUACAUCCAGGAAUCGACAGCGUUGUUGACGCGUCAGAUGGUUGAUGCGCAAUCCGUACUACUUACGGAAGAGACCCAAUAUCCAAUGAUUCCCUGGAAACCAUAUCCCGCCAGACCGCAGGUGUCGGGAUAUAUAACGGACGCUAGUGAACAGCCAGAACAGGAGGAGGAAGAUUUGAAGUAUGCCGAAUCAACGGCAAUUGCCCGGUCGGUUCUGUAUCAGUCCAACUAUGUGAACGGAGAGGGAUUUUUCUUGUACACCCCGGAAGACUUGGACCAGAAAGAUAAUCAGCUAUGUCCGAACGAUUCCGGCACUCCUUCCAUUGGCCCUGGUGAAUCUCGGAACGAAAGUUCACUGUUCGAUUUUACUAUGGACCCAGACGCACCGGUUAAAGUUAUCAUCAUCUCAAUUUGGUUCUGGUGGAAAGAAAUUCUCGUCAUAUCGGCCACAACGGCUUUCUUAUUGAACGUUAUGUUGCGUUUCAAAAACGAAAAAGAAGUCGUCGUCUUUGUGGAACGUCAAGUCGAAGUUCCCGUUCCGAUUGCGGUGGAAGCCACCGAAGAAGAAUUUGCACCCCUGGCAGCGAUCAGAAAUUCCAGAAGUCUGUCCGAAUCGAAUGGGGAUAAUUUUGUGUCCAGAUUUCAGGAGGAUUUCGAGUUGGUGCAGUGCCUCGGCAAAGGUGGAUUCGGAGUUGUUUUCGAAGUUAAAAAUAAACUGGACGACUGUCAUUACGCUAUCAAGCGUGUCGUCCUUCCGAACAAACCGGAAUCGAAAGAUCGCGUGAUGAGAGAAGUAAAAACGUUGGCCCAUUGUGAGCAUACGAAUAUUGUGCGGUACUUCCAUGCAUGGACUGAGACUCCGCCACCGGGAUGGCAAGAAUCGCAGGACAAAAUCUGGAUCGAACGGAAUUGCCUGUCGACUUCGAUCGACAUUGAAACGCCAACGGAAACAUCACCACCGAACUCCAAACUCAUUCCUGCCAUCCCGAACGGCAUUUAUCAGAGCAACCAGCUAGAGUACAAUAAACCAAAACAUUCCAGCGGCCAACAACAAUUGCCUUGGUUGAGGAAGGUUCCCGAACCAAGCUUUUCAAUGUCUCACGCCGAGAUCGAUCAGUCGGACAGUUUUAUCGAGUUCCGGGCAGAUCCGUUGAAAUCAGAGGCGGAUGACGACUCGUUUCCGAUUAUUUUUAAACAUGACAGCAGCGCUGGGGGAGAUUCAAAGGACAACGGUUCCAAGCAACCCUCGCACAGCACUUCUCAAAGCCAUCAUGUAGUUUCGUUCCAUGAAACAACAUCUGCGUCUUCUAAGCUGCCCCCGACAAAACCACCGGUUUCUCUACUGGCACGAAAAUACCAGCAACGGAGACCUGCUUCUCUGGAGCUCUCUAGUACUGGGAAUGUCAUCAAACCUGCAAUAUCUGACAAUACAAGCCAUAUGGACGUGUUGGCAAGCAAUUCCGUGGCCACUUCAAGCAUCGUAAGCAACAAAAUUUAUCUGUACAUCCAAAUGCAGCUGUGCCGAAAGCAGUCACUCAAGGAAUGGCUCAGUUUAAAUGAUCUCACUGCUCGGCAGGACAAGAUCAUACCAAUCUUCGAACAGAUCGUGAAUGCAGUGGAAUAUGUUCAUCUGAAAGGGCUUAUACAUCGGGACCUGAAACCAAGCAAUAUCUUCUUUUCACUCGACGGACGAAUUAAAAUCGGCGAUUUUGGCCUUGUCACCGAUUCCAGUGAUUUGCAAUACGACAACGACCACAAUCUACCCGGAAUGAUAAUGGUGACGGGAACAAAAGAUCGGCAUACUCGCCAGGUCGGAACACAGCUGUAUAUGUCACCGGAACAACUGAAAGGACUACCGUAUGAUUAUAAAGUGGACAUUUAUUCAUUGGGUCUCAUCUUGUUUGAGCUACUGGUAAGCUUCGGUACCGAAAUGGAGCGUAUAGUUACACUCAAGCAUGUUCGAAAGGAUCAGUUCCCAAGCAAUUUCGAGAAAACGUAUACAGAUGAGUAUCAACUGCUGAAAUUGAUGCUCUCGGACACCCCCGGAAAUCGGCCGACCACUUUCGGCAUUAAAGCACGUCCACCGUUGAAAAGAAUCCCGGCAAGCCGUUCGACUCCACAACUGCAAACCCGGUCAUCUGCGGAAGAUCUAUCGUCGACCGGAAGCGGUAGCCCGUCAUCGGCGGAUUCCUCCGACCACAGUGAGUGGCAUUUCGAGCUUCCACCCAGACGCAAGGAUAGUCGAUCCUUCAACACGGUCACCACCAGUUCCAGCUCCGGAAGCAAUCAAAAUCAAACCUUUUUCUGAUAACUGAAGGUUUAAACUCGUCAAUUUUUCUUUUUCUAUUAUCAAAGCCUAAGGCUUACGUUAAAUUAUUCUAUCAUUUAAGCGUAAUAUAUAUUGACCCUAUACUUUCAGCAAGUAUUGUUUUUUGUCUGACAACAAAAAACAAGUAUUAAAUUGUGACUUGUCAGAAAUAAAGCAAGGGUUCUGUUAAGAUUUGUAAUAUUCACUAGAUGAAAUAAAGUUUUAUCUCACAAUAGGUCUAA